AUGAGUGACGCUCAAGCCAAUGAGGCAGAGAAAAAUAUUGAAAUAUGGAAGGUUAAGAAGCUAAUUAAACGGCUAGAAGCCGCCAGAGGAAAUGGUACAUCCAUGAUCUCCUUGAUCAUUCCACCAAAGGACCAAGUUUCUCGGGCGGCUAAGAUGUUGGCCGAAGAAUACGGAACUGCAUCAAACAUUAAAUCUCGUGUUAACCGUCAAUCAGUCCUCUCUGCAAUAACUUCAACCCAACAGAGACUCAAGCUCUACAAUAAAGUUCCCCCGAAUGGAUUAGUUGUGUACUGCGGCGAAAUUCUAACAUCAGAAGGCAAAGAAAGGAAAGUAAAUAUCGACUUCGAACCAUUCAAGCCUAUAAACACCUCACUUUACCUUUGUGAUAACAAGUUUCAUACUGAGGCCCUUGCUGAGCUUCUCGAGGCAGAUCAGAAAUUUGGGUUCAUUAUUAUGGAUGGAAAUGGAGCUCUAUUUGGAACUCUUAGUGGAAACACACGUGACGUUGUUCAUAAAUUUUCUGUCGAUCUACCCAAAAAACACGGUCGGGGUGGUCAGUCAGCUCUUCGAUUUGCCCGCCUUCGUGAAGAAAAGCGACAUAAUUAUGUCCGUAAAGUGGCUGAGCUUGCUGUACAGAACUUUAUCACCGCUGAUAAAGUUAAUGUCGCUGGGAUUAUCUUGGCAGGAUCUGCAGAUUUCAAAAACGAUCUUAAUCAGUCCGAUCUAUUUGAUAACCGACUUCAGACUAAAGUAAUUAAAGUAGUUGAUGUCUCUUACGGUGGUGAGAAUGGAUUCAAUCAGGCGAUCGAACUUUCUUCCGAAACCCUCAGCAACGUUAAGUUUAUUCAAGAAAAAAAGCUUAUAGGCAAGUAUUUUGAGGAGAUAUCCCAAGAAUCUGGUCGAAUCUGUUACGGAGUCGACGACACUCUAAAGGCUCUCGAGCUCGGCGCUGUUGAAACCCUUAUUGUCUUUGAGAAUCUAGAAAUCACAAGAUGGGAGCUCAAAGAUAUAAGCGGAACCAAACACAUUCUGCACACUAAAAAACAAUCAGAGAAUGCCAAUCGUGAUCAGUUUAUGGAUAAGGAAACUGGGCAAGAAAUGGAAGUUGUAACCCAGGAGUCCUUUCUUGAAUGGAUUGCCGAGAAAUAUAAAGAGUUUGGAGCCAACCUGGAGUUCGUUUCUGACCGCUCUUCAGAAGGAAAUCAGUUUGUUAAAGGUUUUGGUGGAAUUGGUGGGAUUCUACGAUAUAAGGUAAAUUUUGAGCAAUUGGUCGAAGUUGACGAUGAUGAUAAUUAUUAUGACGGUACGAUAAAUUCUUCCAAUAACAAUUUAGCGCUAACUUCUCUUUAG